GAAGAGGCAGUCAUAUGACACAACGUUUUGCUGUAACUUUUUGUUUUGUUUUGUUAGUUUCAGUUUUAUUUGCUAACACCUUUACCUGCUGCGAGGAGGUUUUGGGGACGGUUACGCCCUUGGCUACACGGAGCAUGUCUAUCAGUUUCUGAUUUCGAGAGCAUCUUUUUUUGGGAGAUUAAUUUUUUUUUCAGAUUGGACUAAAUAAAGUUUUUUUCUGGAUUGAAAAUGAUAUGAUCAUCAUAGUCCUACAUGGAAACAGCAGUAAGAGGGAAGGCAAAAAGAAUACAUUUGAAUGCAAGUGAUUGUGAAGGCCUCCUUCAAGAUAAUAGGGCGACAUCUUCUCUCACCCAGCCUGUAUAUGGUUGUGACUUCAAUCUGUCUCAUUGUAAUCUUCUCCCCAAGCCUCGGACUAGGAGACGGAAAAGAGGUUUAAAUGAGAGUUUCAAACAGAAGAACAUUAAAGAUUAUUUUUCUUCUCCAAUGGAAGAAGAUAUUACCUUGACGGGAACAUCCGAUACAGAUUACUUGCUUGAAGAGUUGGAUGACGACUUCUGGGACUGCAGUGACAACAGAAGAGAUCAUUUAGAUGCCAAUUCUGAAUCAUUUUCCAUGCAUUUUUUAAAAUGUAAAGAAGAAAAUCCCCACAUAUCUGAGGCAGCAGGUUGCAGUUCUUGGAUGAAAAAGCCACGUUUUGCUACUGAUACACAGGCAAUUGUCAACAAAGAAUUGUUGAAGGAAGAGGAGACCGAGAUGAUUAUUGAUCCUCUCCCAGAUGUUUAUUAUGGACUUGUGGGAGAAAGAAAUUUCAAAAUGGAGGGAAAAGCCUAUAAUGUUCAGCUUCCUGAAGAAGUACUUAUGAUGAUAUUUAGGUACUUGCCUGCUGAAGACCUGUAUCAGAAUAUCAGUCUUGUUUGCAAGAGCUGGAAUGCCAUUAUUCGUGAUCCACUAUUUGUCCCCUGGAAGAAGUUGUAUUAUCAGUACUGCAAAGGGAAGAGUGACGCUGUUCAAGAAAUUGAACAGAUUCUUUUGGACAACAGAAUUACAAAAGAAGAAGAACUCUGUGUGCCAAACUUUGUGAGAUAUAUAUCCAUGAUGAAACAAAACUUUCGUGUUCAACUUGAGAGAGUAUACGAGUGUUUGAAAGGUCAUACAUUAUUUGUUCAGGCUGAAAUCAGCUUGCAGAACAUAAUGCCAGAACUUAAUAAAGACGAAAAGGCACAGUAUGUCUGGGCUGUUUUGGUGGUUAUCGUAUUACUUUCGGAUGGAGUCAGAGACAUCCAGAGACUGGUGGCUGUUUUGAACCAACCAAGCUCCACCCUCAGUCUAGCUGGGAUUUCUGAAAUUUUGUAUCACAUAGCAGUUUUGCUCUUUGCAAUGAAAAAACUUGGAAUCAACAUCAGCAACAGGUUCCAUUACAAUCUAUAUUAUGUUUUGCACCUGAUGGAGAAUGCACCAUUCGGCUUUGAUGUGCUUCAACAACCAACUGAAGGUUCAAAUCACGUUAAAGGAAGAGACAGAGAUGGUGUGAUGCCAGUCUCUGAAAUUUCAUUUACCCAUGAGCAGAAAAAAAUCCUGAAUCAUGAUAUUUCAGAUGGGCAUGUAGUGAAAAUCAUGGCAUUUGCAGGUACUGGGAAAACUUUCACAUUAAUUAAAUAUGCCCAGCAGAGACCCCAUCUUCAUUUCUUAUAUGUUGCUUUUAACAAGUCCGUAGCAGAGCAGGCUGCUCGUACAUUUCCUCCAAAUGUAGACUGCAGGACCAUUCAUUCCAUGGCUUAUCAGGCAGUGGGAAAAAAGUAUCAACGUUUAAAGAAGCUUAAUAUCUUUGGCUUAAAGGCUUUCAGUGUCAAUUGGGUUCUGCCUAAAGGAAGAGGUGGAUUUGUAAAUGCAAAACUUGUCGCACAGACUCUUCAGAAUUUCUUUGCUUCCAAAGAUGACAUCAUAAACACACAGCAUGUCCCAGAUCGUUGCAAAAAAACGCAAGGAAAAGUUGAACUGGUGUCACACCCAGAAAAACUAAAUAUUGUAGAAGAUGCAGAUGGUAUAUGGGAGAAGAUGAAACAAUUAAAAGAAAUGAGAGAUUCAGCCUUUCAUAUGCCUCAUGAUGGAUACCUAAAAUUAUGGCAACUUUCUCGACCGCGCCUACGCAAAUAUGAUGUUAUUUUCAUUGAUGAAGCUCAAGAUUGCACUCCGGCAAUCAUUGACAUUGUUCUGUCACAGCCGUGUGGAAAAAUACUCGUAGGAGACCCUCACCAGCAAAUCUAUACUUUCAGAGGUGCCGUAAAUGCAUUAUCUGAAGUUCCACAUACACAUAUAUUUUACUUAACCCGGAGUUUUCGAUUUGGUCCUGAAAUUGCUUACAUUGGAGCAACAAUUCUUGAUGUAUGCAAAAAUGUGAAGAAGACUCUGGUGGGAGGUUUUCAGGAAGGAAGUGUACAAGGAAGCACACAAGGAAAGACUACAAUAUUAUGUCGCUGCAACUCAACAGUGUUUGACGAAGCAGUGAAAGUCGUAGAGGGAACGGAGCAAGUGAAAAUCCACAUCAUUGGAGGUCUAAAAAGUUUUGGUUUAGAAAAGAUUAAAGAUAUCUGGGCUCUUCUUCAGUCAGUGCACUGCAAAGAAGAAAUUAGGGAUCGAUUUAUUCAACAUUUUGUUCAUCAUGGUGGCUAUAAAGGCUUGAAGAAAUAUGCGUUUGAAGCUGAGGAUUGUGAACUUGAAAUAAAGAUAGCAUUGGUUGAAAAAUAUAAUUUUCGUAUUCCUGCAUUAGUGAAGAAAAUACACGACUGCUUUGUUGGAGAUGCCUCUUUUGCAGAUUGCAUUUUGGGGACUGUCCACAAAGCCAAAGGCCUUGAGUUUGACACAGUGAAAGUGACCAAUGAUUUUUCCAGAAUCCCAUGUGCCAGACAUAAUCUUGCCAGGAUACCCAAAUUCAGUGUUGAAUUAACACCUGAUGAUGAAUGGAACCUUCUGUACGUGGCAGUGACUCGAGCACGAAAAUGUUUGUUGAUGACAAAAUCAAUUGAGCACUUAAUAACUUUGGCAGGGGAAUACUUUCUGAGGUCAGAUCUGACAAGCUCCUUCCUUGAAGAUGGAAAUCUUCCUACUUGUGCUGUUACAGAAUGUUCAAACAUUUUGAGUGAAAAGGCAACUCUUACAAUGAAGAAAGUCCCCAUGAAAUACAGUGACCGGACAGAUGACGGCGGACCUUUCUGUUCGACUUGUGUGGAGCAACGCCUGGGACCCCUAACAUUUCUGACUUGCUCUCCACAAGUUGUGAAAUCAAUGAACUAUACAUUGGAACAUAUUGAGCUUUCACCAAGAAUCGAGCAGAUCUUACGGCAUUUUUAAGGGAGACAUUUCCUGAAAUUCACCAUCAAAUGCUUUACAGUGCUGAAUAUUGAAAUUGGACACAAGAGACCAUUUUUUGAGUUAUUGAUUGACUAGCAAUGACUUUUCAGUGAUGGAUUUCAUCCUGGGGGAACCUUAUAGCUGCCCUUCCUCAAGUAAAGUGCAAUAUUUUGAAUUAUUUUAGUGGAUGUGGACCUCACUACCAGGCUAGGCUCUCGUGUUUAUAUAGCGGCUGUAGGAGGGAUGAUUGCAAUCAAAGCCCUUAUCAGCUAACCGUUUUUUUUGUUUGUUUUUUUUUGGAUGUUUAUGGAUAUAUAAAAUGUUAAUGACAUUUUUAAGUGAUGUUACCAGCCCUGUUGCUAAACCUUCAUUUUCAGUGCCCUUAACACCCAACUAGAUUAUGUCAUAUCAUCUUUGGUCAUUUUUGUUGAAUUUUAGUAACUGAAGGAAAAAAAAUGUUUUAUAUAUCAUC